AUGGAAUCAGGGACAGAUAUAUUCUUCGAUUCAUUGGAAAAAGAAAUAAAAGGAAUACGACAGGAAGAAAAGCUAAUUAUUGGGGUGAACUUCAACGCCCAUAUUGGAAAAGAUCGCCUCGGGUAUGAAAAAAAUCAUGGAGGCUAUGAGCAUGGUUUGAAGAACAAGGAAGGGGAAAGAUUUCUCCAAGUAUCCCAAGCAUAUGACAUGGAGAUCGUUAACACUUAUUUUCAAAAGCGUAAAGAUCAUAUUGUGACUUAUAGAAGUGAAAAGCAUUUUAGUCAAAUUUACUAUCUGCUUAUACGGCGAAAGGAUUUAUGGAGGAUCAAAGAUUGCAAAGUAAUAUCGGUAGAAGAAAUCGCCAGGCAACAUCCUCCACUUGUCAUGGAUCUUGAAAGAAAAUUCCGAAAAGAAGAAAGGUUUAUGAACCUCGCAUUAGGUAUGAAAUGCUAA